GCGAAGGCAGUGGAAAAGGGUUUGAGUGCCCGGCCGAAGUCCAUUUCCGAAAUACCAAAGAAUCUCAGCGUGAGCAAAAGUGCGCAGCUGGAGCAGGAGGAGAGCAAGAAGAAAAUCUGCAUGUCCGAUCCCAAUCUACUGGACACGAGCGCCUCAAAGUCGAAGAAAAAGAGCAAAGACAGGGAGAGGCGGAAGAGCAUCACCAAGCUGAUAGCGGGGAUUUUCUCCAAAAAGAGCCCCUCGGGAACGGGAAGCAAGGGCCUGUUUGCCAAGUUGUCUCCAAAGUCGAAAGACAAAUCAAAGUCUUUAACGAGUUUGGACUUGUGCAAACACGAAACCGCCAUCGAGGAAGCGAAGCCCCGAAAAAGCUUCUCCGAGUUGAACAUUAAGCGGCGAGAACCCACUCCUCCACCCAUUCCACCCUUACCAGCCAACUACACCAUGAAAGCAACAGAUGAGAGCAGCGAUGGGGAGGUUGUCGAAAGCAAAAUGCAAGAUCGCAGCUCUUGCGAUACAGUGGACCAAUCGGGGAAUGCGGAUGCCUCCACAGCGGGCAAGAAGAGCGGCAAAGCGCGACGAGUUUCCAGGCAAGCUCAACUCAAACGGCACAGAAUGGCCCAAGAGAUUCAGCGCAAGCUGGAGGAGACAGAGGUGAAAACCCGCGAAUUAGAGCAACGGGGUGUGGAGAUAGAGAAGGCUCUGCGGGGUGAAGAUGGAGGCGUGAAUGUAAAGGACGAAAGCGAUCUGCUCCAGGAGUGGUUUGACUUAAUGAGAGAUAGGACUGAAUUGAGGCGCUAUGAAAAGGAGCUGAUGGUGCGCGCCCAAGAGGUAGAGCUGGAGGACCGGCACUCCAGGCUUCAAUUGGAGCUUCGAGAACGCAUAGGGAUCAAAGAACAUAAAACCGAGGAAGACUUGAAAUCUGAACAAAGCAUUAUCAAUGAAAUGAUGGACAUUGUCGCCAAGCGAGACGCCUUAAUUGCUGUGCUUGAAGCGGAUAGGUUGAGAUACUCACAUGAAGACAAAGACUUGGAAGAACAAAUGCUUGCAAAGGGAUUGAUGCUGACUCCUAUUGAAAAAACUACUCCAGAUAAAUAGAAUAAUAUGUAGAUAUUUUUAUUUAUUAAACUCCGUUUUGUCACUUUAUCUGCUAGAUUUAGACCCAGGGUACUGAAUAUUUAAGAAAUAGAAUGUUUGUUGCUUCGUCCAAUCAUAUUUAUACGAAAAGUCGGUGCUUUGGAUGAACUACUUUGAUUAAACUAAUAGCAGCACGUGCCUAUUUGUUAACGUCCAUAACGUGUUUAACUUGGAAUAUUUAACUAGUCUUUGGUAAAAUUAGUGUUAAGUCCGCUUGCGUGUCCCGGUGUAAGGUGUUGACGAUUGAAAAACAUUUGCCUUAAACUUAAUUGAUCUGCUCAUCAAAAGCUUCCGGCAAUUUCUUACUCCCGGACAGAAAAUACCUGCCGAAAGGCACUGAUUGUGAUCGUGAAUUGUAUUUUUCAAUAAGGAAUUGUAUACAUUGUACAAAAAGAUUAUUAAGGUUAUUUUGUGAAUGCGAUAUUGUGUUUUAUUAAUUGUGUGCAUAAAGCUUUUUUUACUGGUUA